AUGAUCCUUGGGGCCAUUCCAGGGACGGGGGCGCCUCCAGGGGCCUUCUCAGGGAAGGCGGAGUCCCACAGGGCUCCUCCAGAGCCGACUUUUCAUGGGCUCUCCAGGGGCGGCAACGCUCCGCAGCAGGACCCUCGCAGGGGUGGCAACACUCCUAAAAGGACCAUCACAGGGCGGCAGCGCCCCAUAGGCCCUGCUAGGGGCACUUUGGUAAACCCUAGGGGCCCUCACAGUGCCCCAGCCAUGAUCCUUGGGGCCUGCAGGGACGAGGGGGCGCCUCCGGAGUACGUUCCUGGGACGUGGUGCUCCCGGGGCCCCUUCCAGCGUGGUGGCGCCCCUUCCGGGGCCUUCAGAGGCGGUGGUUCCCCAGGCCUGCUGGACGGCAACGCUCCAAGGGACCGUCGCAGGGACGGUAACGCUCCUAGGGAGCCUCACAGGGACGGCGGCGCCCCCUUGGGCCCUGUUAGGGGCACGGGCGACCCUAGCGGCCCUCACAGGAACAGAAAUGAUCCCUGGGGCAUUUCCAGGGACGAGGGAGCCUCCAGCGCUGCCGUCCAUGGGAACACCCUGAGAGCGCCCAAGUCGGUGUAA